UUGUGUUCAUUUUUUUUUUUAUCACCAUAAACGGCGUUAACGAGGCUUAAAAAUAUUUAAAUAAUUAACGUCGCCUCACCGACGCUUGUCGUCCGAAUCCGCGUGAUCCGUUUAACGUCGUCCUUUUCCGCUAUUGGCAACUCUACCGCGAUACAAUCGGAUCGUACCGGCUAGUGGAGUCCACACAGCAGACGAAUCAUAACAUUUAAAAAUCAAAUUGGACCAAUUCAAUACACCAUGUCUAUUAAGGAUGUCCGUUUUGGUUUUAAUUUUCUUGCUGACACAAAUGUCUUAACAUGUAUGCAAUCUAUAAAAGAAUGGGAACUUACUUUCGCCUGUUUACCUGUCUCAAGCCUUAGAUUAAAAAGUACUAGUUUGUUGGAUUCUACAUGUACUGUUAUGAAUCCUAAAUUUUGCCAACAAUGGUGCCAUUGUAUUGUUGCUAAAAUUCCUCUACCUAUUAAUAUUGAUUCAUCAGUUGAAACAAUUAGACUAGAAAAUCAAAAAUCUUUUAUUCAAGAUAUUUCAUGGGCUACUUUUCUAAAUGUAUAUAGUAUUAUGUUCGAGUUACCAUUACAAGGAGAUUUUAUCAAUUUAGUAAGAUUACUUGACAAUCAAAUUGAUGCAUAUCAAAGUUCUGCUGUGUUGAUACAAUUUUGGGCACUAGUACCAGUAGUCAACCUCAGAACACAUCCAUGGAAAAAGUGGACCAAAUUUAUAUCAUCAAUUAGAAAUAUAAAUCAAAUGAAAUUAGUAUUGAAAAUUGGGACUGAGUUACCAAGCAGUGAAGAACUAGAUCGUUGGUUAGGAGAACCAGUAACAGCAUUAAUAAUAGAUAAAAGUGCAUUUUCAAUAAAUAAAAAAGGUCAUCCGGUAUUAUCUAAGUCUCAUCAAGAAUUUAUUAAAAAAAUGUUCAAUAUAGGUUGUCAAAUUAUAAUAUCUGCAUCUUCACAUAUUCAAAAACAUGUAAAUUAUUUAAGUUAUUUAUAUAGAAAUACUACAUCAUUAACUCCUUAUAGCUCUGACUUUAUAAGCGGUUUUGAAGAUUAUUUACAAACGCCGUUACAACCAUUAAAACAAAAUCUACAGUCGUAUGUUUAUGAAACUUUUGAACAAGAUCCUAUUAAGUAUUAUCAAUAUGAAAGAGCCAUUUCAAAAGCUUUAAUUGACAAGUUUGAUGAUAAAGAACUUAUUGUUUUUGUCGUUGGAGCUGGGCGUGGUCCAUUAGUAAAUUCGACGUUGCGAGCAGCAAAAGAUGCAGAUAUCAAAGUUAAAGUAUGGGCUGUGGAAAAAAAUGAAAAUGCAUUACCAUCAUUGUUAUAUAAAAAUAAAGAAAAUUGGGAUAAUUGUGUUACCAUUAUAAAUAAAGAUAUGAGAUUGUGGAAACCAUCAGAAAAAUGUGAUAUUUUAGUGUCAGAGCUCUUAGGAUCAUUUGGAGAUAACGAAUUAUCUCCAGAAUGUUUGGAUGGUGCUCAAAAUUAUUUAAAAACAGACGGAAUCAGUAUACCUUCAAGUUAUACAUCUUUCCUUAGUCCUGUACAGUCACGUAAAUUGCAUUCAGAAAUAUCGUCCAUAAGAAAAAAUAGAGAUAACUGUAACUUUCAAAAACCAUAUAUAGUACAAUUAAAUAAUGUAUAUACUAUAGCUAAAGCAAAACCUCUUUUUACAUUUCAUCAUCCUAGAAAAAAUUUGGAAGAGAAUAAUAGUAAUAAAGAUGGUUUUUUGACAUUCAAUAUAUCACAAGAUUGCAUAUUACAUGGGUUUGCUGGAUACUUUGAAACUAUACUUUAUAAAGAUGUUAAACUUAGUAUUGUCCCAGAAACAUUCAGUGAAGGAAUGUUUAGUUGGUUCCCUGCUUAUUUUCCUCUGAUAAAACCAACAUUACUUCGUAAAGGAGAAGAACUUCAAAUCAAUUUUUGGCGUUGUAGUACUAAAUUUAAAGUGUGGUAUGAAUGGUGUGUUGCAAAACCAUAUCAGAGUGUUAUACACAAUAUAAACGGUGAAAUGUAUUUUAUGUCACUUUAGUAAAAUAUAUUACUAAUAAUAGGCUCUUUUAUUUAAUUAUUAAAAUAUACAGUCUGUAACAUCUAUAACAACAUAUUGACCUAUUGACUAUUAUUAAAUAUAAAUGUAUUUGUUAAAUCAAAUAAAAAUUAUAAUAAUAUAUUUCCGUGGUUUAAAAAUUCAUUGUACGAUUAGAAUAUGAAUGUAUUAAUAAAAAUAAAAUUUGGUUUUAACGACAUAUAUUUGAUGGCCCCUUGACCCUCAUUAUAGGUGAUACAAACUGUAUAUUAUUUUAGUGUUAAUUAAUUAAUAAUUAAUAGGCUUUUAUUAUAUGAUUGUAAGAUGUAUUUUCAGAUUAAUACAUCAUUGAAGUCUGAAUACAUUUUAUUUAAAGUUAAUAAGUUAAAUUGAAUGCAAAAAUAUA